AUGCAGGGUGGGGUCAUUGGAGGCAUCUGUCUCCUAGCCUUCCUGUUAUCUAAAGGCAGAGCUGAAGAAACAAAUGGUUUAAAUGACAAUAAAUUAGAAAAUCCCAGUGAUCUCAAAAAUGAAUUAGUUGUAACUGAAUCUAACUCUCAAGAUGAUGAUGAUGAUGACAGAUCGGGAGCAAUAUGGCAAAGUGCUUCUCGUAAUGUUGGAGGUUACAACAAGGCAACAUAUGAAGGAUCUUCCGGCACAUUUUCCACUCAGCAAAGUUCACCGAUCGCAUUCGAGGAUGCAAAGUCCAGAACGAUACUGCCACACGAAUAUAUAUUCCCAAAUAAAAUGCCCGGGGGUGAAAAUGUAAUUCAGUGUACAAAAGAAAAUGAGUUUCAUCAUUUUUGGUCUGAAGGCGUCGAUUGUAUGACCUGUAUUUGUGUUAACGAGUAUGGAGUCCUGACCCCAGUCUGUGCGAGUUGUGGUGGAUGCCGUAAACCUUCUCCAUAUCAUCCAGAAUAUAUCCCAGAACUACCAGUACCCAUUCCAGUCAAACCCGCGACUCCUGAGACUAUCCCAAUGAUUCCAGAACCAUAUUCACCAGAGCCAGAGAGACCUAAUCCGGAACCAAAUUUGGAAAUUCCCACUCCAGAGCCAUAUCCCAAAUAUCCAGCCCCUAUUCCAGGCCCUUCACCUCUCCCAGACAGUUUUCCAGAGCCGAUCCCAACACUGCCACCGCAACCGGCUGAAGCAUCAUGUAGUCCUCUACCCAAUGGUCAACCGUUUACAAAUCCACUGCACCCGUGUCAGAUAUGCACAUGCAAAGAAUCUGACGUGUCUGGAAAUGUUGACGUCCAGAUCGAAUGCAAGGAGAAUCCUCAAUGCAUAUCACCUGUCGACUUGACUACAUUACCGCCACUGCCAGAGGUCCCAGUACCGAUACCACUGCCAAUUUGUGAGAAGUUCCCUGAACACGUGCUGUUCCCUCACCCAACCGACAACUGCAAGCUGUGCAAGUGCUCCAAGAGAGACACAGAUAAUGGCAGUUCUGAGCAAGUACUUACUUGCUACCCUCAUCCUGAUUGCAUACCUAAACCGGAACCAGUCACGGAGCCAGUCCCUUCUCUUCCUAUGCCAUUGGAUCCUCAAAAAGGAAAACCAGUUCCUGAACCAGAACUGAUACCAUCAGAGCCUUUGAAAGGGCAGUUGGAGCCAAUAGAACCAGUUCCAUUACCAGAGAUUGUUACGAUAGAACCCUUACCGUGGCCUCCUAUAACGACAGUGUCGCCAGGACCUCCACUGCCGAUGCUGGCUCCACCACCUGGCCCGCUUCCAGGUCCAUCGCCACAUGAAUCCUGCCGGCCAUAUCCCCCGAACCAAACGUUCCAGCACCCUUGGGAUGAAUGCCAGAUCUGUUUGUGCACGGAAGCCACCGCGGUCGGUAUGGUCACCGUCGAAGUCAACUGCUACACCAAACCAGCAUGCUGCGUAGAACCACCGGAACCUGUGAAAGCUGCAUGUUUCAGGCUACUCCAGGCAGUAUGCAGCAGUUGCCCCUGACGCACAAAGUUUAUCAGCUACCAGCACUUUUAGACCACCAUCGAUAUAUCCAUCUUAUACUCCAAGAACCGUUAAUUAUCCUGGAACCAACCAAGUCAGUGCGGCCGACGGUCUGAAGCAAGGAUACUCUAUCCAGACGUAUCCUAUGCUACAGACAGAUACAGGCUACGUCGAACCACCACCUCACUAUACACCAUAUCAACGAAACUACCAGCCUCCAUUCGUAAACCAAGAAUAUCCUGAGUAUCCUCCAAGAAUAAAAGUACCACCUGCGUCGUAUAAACCCAACCAAUUCGCGUAUCCACCAAACUACCAAUAUGCACCAGGGGAUGCAAUGGAAAAUAAUUACGCAGGACCUCAAGGACAUUAUCAACCAUAUGAUCCGAGAUUCCAAACAGUACCCAGCGCAUAUCCAGCUCCUACUCUGUACCAGAGGCCUAACUACGACAGACCUCCAGUGUAUCCACCUGCACCAAGCAGAGAUGUAUAUGGAAAACCUAACCAGAAGCAGAUUGGAGCAAACAUUCAAAAUGUACAAUCAAAUUAUUUAGGCAAUGCAGUGAGAACGAUAUCUGAUGACGAUGAACCAGAUGACUCCUAG